UCCGACUGUAAUGUCAUGUUGUGAAGAUCAAACGUGUGCACACUCCCUGGUAGCUGCAGCUACGAGGGAGGCCACUUACUUGACCGACAGCGAACGAGCAACCAUUCUUGGUGUUCUCGGACGAGAUGAACAAUUACGCAGAGAUCAACAACUACGCAUCAUGCACUUGAAAGCCGAACUGCAAAACCUUCGACGGAAAGGCGCUUUGAAGCCGUCAAGAGAGUGGGACACCAACGGACCGGACCCGGAUCGUUCUUGCGGACGGUGCAGGGCCGAACUUGGCGUGAUCAUCAAUCGUGGCGCCUACUGCAAGGCAUGUCGACUCAAAGUAUGCAAGAAUUGCAGGGAGUACUCCUUCAGGACGACCGACUGGGUUUGCACCGUCUGCCACAAACGUAUGGAAAUUCAAAUCGUUUCUGAAGAGUGGAUGAACGAAUUUGUUAGAAGACCGAGUAGAAGAAGGGAUAAUUUUGUGUAUGUACCAGCUGCUGACAUUAUAAAGAGAACUAUCAGAAGAUCUUGGACCAUAUCAAAUCCAACACCGAGAUGGCGAAGUCUUAAGGAAGCCCAUCAGAGUCGCGCGUACAGCAGCCUGCCCCGUGGCAAAUCCGUAACCCAUUAUCCAUCGCUCCUCAUUCACAAAACAAACGCAGCAAACCCGAAACCGAAUGAUGAGGUGGUGGAGACGCCUUUCAGAAGGGCCAAGUCGGUGGACGUCUCUAAUGAUUUGAAACCGAUUACGGAGAAACCGCAACCGAUGAGCGACGGAAAGAAAACCAUUUCGAACGACAAACCGAGGCCGUCGAUCCGUGAGAAUCCCCUGAUUAAAUAUUGCGAUAAUGAGAGGAGGAAGUCGAAGUGCCAGAAAAUUAAGAGACAAUCUAGCAAUGCCGGAGACGGCUCGACGAAAGUGACGGAGACAACAGAAACAAUCGUUAAAGAAGAAGCACCGGCUCCAGCGAAAUUCGAAAAGCGCGUCAGCUUCUACACUUCGCCCAGCAGCAAUGUGACGAGCGUGCUGCGAACGCAGUCCCUGAACGAGAGUACGAAAACGACGAAGAUUCUGCCCCUGGGCUCGCGAUCCCUGCCGGAACGCACGCUGGAUUACGAAGACGCGGUCCAGCAUCGGGAUGAGGUGAACUCGCAGCUUGAGCUGUGCGACAUCGAACCGUUGAGCGGGACGGUUUUCAGGAAGGUCACGGUCAGGAGGAGGCGGCAGGAUAAUUUGAAGAAAAUGCCGGCCGUCGAUACCGGUUGGCGCAGGGCACCGGAUCCCGAACUGCUCGACAUACUGUUGCCGGACGGCGAGGACUACAAACUAGUGUUCAUCAAUUCCGACAGUUCAUCGAAGGAAGAGGAUCAAGAAGACAAUGACAGUUCGUCAACCGCGUCCAGUUUCCCGAUCGACGAUUGCGAGUGGGACUAUUUCGAGCCGGGCGCGUCCACGCACUCCCUAAUCAAUUGGAAUUCCCCGUUCGGUUCGCCGAGAACAUACAGACGUACCGCGGUCGAUUCGCCGAUCAGUUCGCCCCACGUAUUCAUCAACAUAAGGGAAUCGGACACCGGAACCGACGACGACAACGUGCGCAACAGCGACUCGCCCUGCAACUCGGAGACGUUCAAGACCGCCGAGCUGGACGAGAAAAAAGUGCAAUGCGUGCACCAGGUUAAUGAGAUCCCGCAGCAACACUGCAGGAACUGCGGCGCACCGACCCAGUACAUACCGAUUCCGGUCGCGGUGCCCAUUCCCUUUCCCGUGCCCACCUUGUGGACACCCCAGGACACGGUCGUGCUCUACGACUUCUCGAACACCGAUCACAAUUUCAUUUCGCGUUUCAGAGCGUCGUCGGCCAACUUCUGGCCGUUCAUGAACAACAAUCUGAGACCUUUCCUGCACAGUUCGGAGUUCGGAUUCGUUAGCACGUUGACGAACAAAUGGAACCGGGAGGUGGGGAUUUACGACAUGCCGGACUGUAAGGAGGCUCCAGUUCAAACACCGCAACCGGAAGCUGUGAUGAAACAGCCCGAACCGGAACCGGAAUCCGUUGAGCAUGAGCCCGAGGUUGAGGAAGACACGCUCGUCGGUUAUUUAUCUUGUGAAAAUCAACAGUACAUGUCUUCGACGGAAUCGUACGAAGACAGUAGUGAUAAUGGUGAUGGGGAGAAAAGGCAGGUGCGACGUGUGUACACAGUGAACGGUGAUGACAGUGAUGGGCAUUCGUCUAUUAGCAGCAGAACCAGUGAGGAUGAUCCCAUUUCUCACAGUUCAUUUCAAGAGGGAUCUUCCUCCGUGGAUUCAGACAGUGAUGCGCAGAACGGUGACAAACAAAAGUCCAAGCGUUUCUCUCGCGUUUUUGUAGUUAACAAGAACAUCUCGUCCUCUUCCAUUGAGUCCAUUAGCAGUGAGACCGACACGUCCGACAAUGAUACGGACACGGAAAUGGAUUGUACUGUGAUAUUAAAGAACGUGUCCCAGCUAAAGGAGGAUGAUUUAUUGGAUGUGAUAAGUGAAAAGGAACAAGCGGAGAACGGUGUCGAAGAAGAAGAGGAAAAGGAAGAGUCAAACGAAGUGGAAGAAGUGACAACGAAAGAGGUGAAGAACAAGCUGUUGGAAGGCGAGUUUUUAAAAUGCUCAGAGUACAACUCAUCGAGUCCGGGUCUGUCGGACGUGAGCGCUGAAUCGCUCAACUCCAGCGACGUAGAACAGACCCGCAUUUACAGCGACGAAGCAGAGAAGAGCGACAUAAAAGUCGGUUUGGAAGCGCUCUCCAAGGAGUUGGUGGAACCAUCGUUGGGCAGUGAAUGGAACGAUGGCGCAGAUAUCCGGUCUGGUGGGCCCGUUAGUAAAGAGGGGGAGUCGGCACUGGUGUAUCGCAACGGUGAGCGGGCAGGUGCGACAGUAACAACGGACUUGGACGUAGGUACGUCACGCAAUGCGGCUCGUUACACCAGUCUCGUCAUGAUAACCCAAGAAAACGCCCCCUCUUAUCAACAAGUGAGUGUGGUCACUACGGAUACCACGACGUUAGUGCCGGACGACGAUGUGGUGGUCAAACACACCAACUGGCACACCGAUAACCGAAACAACGGCAGGAAUAAUGAUAAUCAAAACAAACAAAAAGAUGGAGUUACGGUGAUAACUGGUGUGGAAACCCUCUCAGCAUUCGAAGAGGGUUUGGCCGAUGAUGAUUCGUGGGUCGAAAAUUUAAGCAAUGACGAAGAUGAUCUUCAGUCAAACUCCGCCACCGAUGAUUCAUCGUCAGGUGAGGAAGUGACAUUGACUUGUUCCGCCGCCACCGACCACGAAGAUGAGCUGCGCGGCUAUCACAGAUCCGCGAUCGAUUUCACUCUUCACACUAUCGUGGAGGAGAGUUGCGAGGAAAGCGAACCCGAACAAGGUGCGGCGAAAAAGAAACGACCCGCGUCCACGACCGACUUAGAAAAAUACUUUUUCUUUGGCUUGGGCGAUGGGCAAUCGAUUAGUUCGAAUCGGGACGAAAUGUUCUCGGAAACGAGCAGUAUUUACAGCGAAGGCAUGGACUCGAUGGGCGGCAACGAAGAAACCCUUUCCAAGGGCGAACCAUCCGAUCCCGCUGAUCUGGCAUCAUCACGUUUGGAGAAGUACUUUCUCAGUGGCUUCAUGGGCUUCACUGCAGUCGGAAGGAGGGAUUCUGAUGGAAGCGUCGGAAGUGACAGCGAAGGUAAACCGAGCCCUGAACAAAGACGAAAGAAACUGGUCAGGGCGCGAGGCACCGGACGCAGUCAUUCCUCAUCACUUGACAACCUACUCACAAAUCCCGACUUGUGCGCUUUAGAUCAGUCUUCCGAAACGCAAAUACUGUCUGAGGUAUCCGACUCGGACACCAAUGAGGGUGGUUCAAAUAGCUUUGAAAAGUCUGAUGGCCAAUUCGACACGGUUAAAAGGAAAAAAGGAAAGAAAAACAAAAACACAUAUUCCAGCACUGAAGAAUUGAAAGUUUUGGAGGUCACUCAAGAGUUAAACGAAAACAAUAACGUAUCGGACGAAGAUGAAGAUGGUCAUAAAACACCACAACCCGAAGGCUGCAGUAGUCCAUCAAACUUAAUGACCACCAAGAACCAGCAGAGUCGUGAUAGUGGAUUUAUUGGGAGCUGCGACGAUUUACUAAAAGAACAGAACGAAAACAAAUCGCCGGAACAACCGCCGAGCAAAAGUGAGUCCAAACAAGAAGCUGACACAUCAGAAGAAAAGAAAAACCUGAAAUGUAACGCUCCCCCUGUAACAUCACUCACCAGAAAGGACAGUUUCAACAACUGGUCUUCAGAUGAAGAAACGAAUCUAAUGAUGUGCAAGAUGAGACAGUUUUUUAAAACUUUAGUAGCCAAUUCGCAGUAUAGUGCUUCGAAUCCAACAACGCCCACUUUGGGCUCUCGAAUGUCUCCAAAACCCGUUCCGAUUGCGCGAAUGAAAAAUCGAACGAAACCCCCCCAAUUAAUUUAUUUUGAAAACGAACUAACUCGACUGAUGAAAACUGUGCCCGGUAUUAGAGACGAUCAGGUACGCGAGAUUGUUGAGUAUUUAAGCAGCGAGGACACUUGGAGUGAUUCUUACGACUCGUCGGAUUACACCAGUUCAGAUUUGGAAGGUGCAUCUACUAAAUCGGCGCUGCAACAGCAGAUUUCGGACAGUUGUCAGCAGAUUAUUAACAAGUUUGAUAAUUCGGUCGACGAUGAAGGAGAUGAAGGUGAUGGUGGAAUUGUCGAUGAAAGUAAUGGACUGAACAAGGAAACGGCGUUUGUUUACCAAAAGCUUGUGGCUUCUUUGGAGAAAAUGGCCACGGGGGAAACAAUGCCGUACUCCUCGCGCAAUUCUCCGCCUUUAAUUGCCAAAGUUAUGCAUCACAUUGGUAGCCGUUUGGUGGCUUUGAUGCACGAAGUAUCCAGUGGCGAAAGUCACACUAGCAAUAGCCCAAAGACUAGACAUAGUCACCGUAGACUGUACCAGAAGAUCUCGUCUGCGUCCACAACGACAGACGAAGACAGCACUUCCGACAGCAAUUUACAUGACAACUUUUUAGAAAAUAACUUAUCGACGUACAAUAUACUGCCUAGAAGUAGAUCUCAUGACAUUUUAUUAAGUGAAACAAAGAACUUGCAUCAAUCGAGUAGUGGUGUUUCCGAUAUUGCCGAAGAGAGAGAAACCAGUGACUGUGAGAGGUUUAGUUGGCGUGGUAGUUUCGAAUCAGCAUUACUCGCGAGUGACUCAAGGAACAAAUUGUCUCUUAUUGGUGAACAAGGUUCAGCUUCAGCUUCUGCCCUUGCCAUUAUCGCAGCCAAACGCCGAUCCGCUGGAGAUUUGUUAUUCAAUCACAAGAGUAGAGAACAUCUGGACCGCGUGAGAAGUUGCGGAAGCAUUGGCGGUGGAAACAUCGAAGACAAACUGUGGGUGUCCAGUUCCUCGAGACCGACAAAACGAAGAUCCAGCGUGCCUGACGCGACCUGUGGAUCAGGCGGAUCGGCCGAUGGCGGUGACGAGGAUGAGGAGAUUGGGAACAGAUCGACAUUGCCUAGGAGUCUGCAAACUGGGGUGCCAACGUCUAAUUCACUGCCACGUCUUCCGACCAGCACGUCUUCCAAUAACAUACACAAAGCCCAAAGUAUGUAUCAGUUUGUACCGCAGAACGUGAAAAGUGCUAGGUACAGACCUCCGGGUUAUAAGCUUAUCACGACGAUACCGAAACGAGCCGCGUCCGCUCCUGGAUUACAAUUACCUAGACGUAACCGUCGAUCUCAGCAAUAUAAUGUUCCUAGUGAUGACAGUAUUACGGAGGCUCACUCAUCACCGAUAUUAAAUAAUAAAAACUCCAGUAAAAGUGCAACGCCUAGCCCUGUUGCCCAGAGCAGCAGGAGAUGCACGGAUUCAUCUGUAUCUAGUCAAGACUGGCAAUAUCAGGAAGACGACAUCGAGAGAAUUGUGCACACGACAAGGACUAGUCUAUCUAGUUUAGGAGUAAGAUCUGAUUCCAUGGCUAGCGUUUACUCUGGAGCCGGCGAAGGCAGAUAUGGCACAGUCACUGUUAGGGGCCAAGUGGAGUUCGGGCUCCAAUACAAUUACAAAGCUGGAGCUUUAGAAAUACAUAUCAAACAAUGCAGAGAUCUGGCAUCAGUUGACACAAAGCGAAAUCGAUCUGAUCCGUAUGUCAAAGUCUAUUUGUUACCUGAUAAGUCGAAGAGUGGUAAACGAAAAACAAAGGUCAAGAAGCAUACACUGAACCCAGUGUUUGAUGAGACACUAAAGUUCCACAUCUCCAUCAAUGGUUUGGAGACAAGGACUUUGUGGCUGACCGUCUGGCACUCGGACAUGUUUGGACGCAAUGACUUUUUAGGUGAGGUCAUGAUGGCUUUGGAGAACAAAGUUUUCGAUGAUACCUCGCCCAAAUGGUACAACCUCCAAGAAAGGACGGAACCGUUUGAGGAUAUUUUAUCAUUUAAAGGUGAUAUAAUCGUCUGUCUUAAAUUCGUCCCGCCAGAUAUGACAAUUCAGAAGAAGGGCAAAAGAUCCAGAGGCAGUCUGCAUGUUUUAGUUAAAGAAGCCAAAUCACUGACCGCUGUCAAAUCCAACGGAACUUCAGAUCCUUUCUGUAAAAGCUACUUAUUGCCGGAAAAGGGAAGAAAUUCAAAGCAAAAAACACCAGUCGCUAAGAGAACAGUCAAUCCUGUGUGGAAUUACUCAUUUGUUUACGAGGAUGUGACCUUACAAGAAUUAGCAGAAAGAUGUUUGGAGCUGACGGUCUGGGAUCACGACAGAUUAGCCAGUAAUGAAUUCCUCGGAGGAGUUCGAUUCUCUCUUGGAACAGGAAAACAUUAUGGAAAAGCAGUAGAUUGGAUGGAUGCAACAGGAAAAGAGUUGAGUCUUUGGAAAAGUAUGUUGGAGCGUCCAAACCUGUGGGUAGAAGGAUGUUUAACCCUGAGACCAAGUCUGGAUACUCGGGCAUCAUAAUAAAAUUACUCAAAAUGUUUUUAAUGUUCUUGUUAUUAAUGUUAUAAUGUUUGUAAAAUGAAUAUGGGGUAAAAUGUGUAACCAUUUUAUGUUUUGUAAGUAAUUUUUUAUUACUAGUAUGAUAAAGUAUACCUAUUUAGGUUCUAACAAAGUGAUAUAUUUUGAUAUAAAAAUAAAUAUUUUAUUCUUCAAUGCA